AUGAUUUGGCCCGGCAACUUCAAUUCUCAGGAUAGCUACAUUUUGGAUUCGGUAGCCCGAGAGUCCACAGUCCCUGUUUUCGGAGCUAUAGCAGUUUUAGCGAAAUACGUCCCUGUUGCUGGUAUUGAAGAUAUGGAUGUGCGUGCGAAGUUUGAGACGAGUGAUGAGCCACAAACUGCCAUUGUGGAAGUGGUUAGAAGUGUGGUAAAUGGAUGGGAAACAACCUCUAUUUGGGGAUUUGAGGAAGUAGAGGGUGAAAGGCGUUAUGUCAGACAUAGCCUGACGAAGAAGGGGGAUCAGGAACUAAAAUUGAGGUUUGUUUAUGAUUUUAUUUCGGAACUUGAGAAUUGA